UUUUAAAUUGUUUGGCUAUUUUUCAUAGAUUAUGUGAAAAUAUGCACAUUUUAAGUGUUUGGGUUGCCGCUGCCUCUGGGAUGUAAAAACUUGCUGUAGCUGCUGUGUGUGUCUGAUUCGCUGCAUCUGACUGUUCCCACAAUUCAACAAGCAACAAAGGAAGAAAGGAAGAGGCCGUAAGCUACAAAGUGUUAGCCAACCUAGACAGAUAGAUAUCACCUUAUUGUAUCAUACUAGUCGUCAAUGUGAACCCGCACGUUUAGAGAAGAACCAAAUUCGGCUCUAAAAACGCUUUAUACUUCGUUUUUGCGCAGAAGCUGGCGAAAGGGAAGGUAACGGUAAUGUUUUCGACAGCAAACGUUAGCAAAGCUAGCUGAUUGGUUUAGGUAGUAAGCUAACAUUAGCCAAGCUAACAUUAGCCAACAAUCGUUACAGAGCGAACCUUUCAUGAACGUGUUGUACAAGACAAAUGCCAACACCUCUGGGUUAUUUUGCCUAGUAAGGCAAGCAGAAGUGACCGGCAUCAAAUGAAAGGUGGUGGAAGUGGAACUUGACCAUCCAACUGAGUCACCAUUUUCCUGCACAUAAUGGGUUUGAUGGCUCCACUGUAUGCAUGACUUGUUUCGUGUGGCCUGAUGGGAGGACAGUGUGGAUAGUACUUUCAUCAGGAUACCAGGAGAGCCAUCCCAUGCCCCCACUUUGGAGGGCCUGUCAGAAUGAAGAAGAUAAGCCUUAAGACCAUCCGCAAGUCCCUCAGCAUAAAGGGCAAAGAGGAGGGUGACUUUGUCAUGCUCCAGCAGCCCUCGGUGACUACAGAGUUUUCUAAGGAAGAGUCACUUUUUGGGGGCUGCUACACCAAAGAGCUUUCUGGCUGUGACCUUGGUGGCGAAGAGGACAAAGGGGGCCAGAAUAAGGGCCGCUCAAAGAGUGAGAGCCUGAUGGGAUCAUUAAAGAGGAGGCUGUCUGCCAAGCAGAAGGCGAAAGUGAAAGGCAGCCCUUCUGCUAUAGGCUCAGUGGAUGAUGAUGACACCUUCUCGUCCUCUUCUGUGCCCAUCAGCUUCAAUGAGGUGAAAGCCCAGAGACCCCUUAGAUCUUCAUCCCUACGGAGUCACCAUUAUAGCCCCUCACCAUGGCCUCUGCGGUCUGUCAACUCUGAUGAGGCAUGUAUCAAGAUGGAGGUAAAAGUUAAAGCCAUGGUUCAUUCUCCAAGCCCAAGUCCCAACUUAAAUGGUGUCCGGAAAGAAUUUCAUGAUUUCCAGAUGGAAGGGCUCUUUCAGGACCAAGCAGAAUCCUUAAAGAAUCUCCAGCAGCCACAAAACGGUGAGCUGCAUCUAAAUAUUGAUGAAAAUGACGUGCCUGUGGUGCUGGGGUUGACUCCCCAGGACUACAUCCAGUACACAAUGCCUUUAGAUGAGGGAAUGUACCCGGAAGGGUCCCACUCCUUCUGCCUGGACAGCUCCUCUCCUAUGGAGGUGGGGACUGAAGCAGAUAAUGGGUCCCUCCACACAGACCAGGGACAGGAGGAACAUGAACUGGUUAGUGGGAUGCCUCCGGAUCUCUUCAUGGAAACCUCAGUUAGUAGUCUUCUCAUCGGUUCUGCCGGAGUGAUGCUCCAUAGCUCUAGAGUAGAGGUCCCACCUCCCCUCUCUCCACUCCUGCCGCCCAUAACAAGUAAUGGACAUAUUCCCAGGACUUUUUCAGGGUUCAGCUCUUCAGACAGCCAAGUAGCUGAAAGGGUAAGACACCACCUCAACUUUGACCCAAAUUCAGCUCCUGGGGUCAGUCGGGUGUAUGACUCAGUCCAGAGCAGCGGGCCCAUGGUUGUCACCAGUCUGACAGAGGAGCUGAAGAAGCUGGCGAGGCAGGGCUGGUACUGGGGCCCCAUCACACGCUGGGAGGCAGAGGAAAAGCUGGUCAACUUGGCUGAUGGCUCAUUCCUGGUCAGAGACAGUUCAGAUGACAGGUACCUGCUCAGCCUGAGUUUCAGAUCACAGGGCAAAACCCUCCACACCCGCAUUGAACACUCCAAUGGACGCUUCAGCUUCUAUGAGCAGCCAGAUGUGGAGGGACACACGUCCAUCGUUGAUUUAAUCGAACACUCUAUUAAAGACUCAGAGAAUGGAGCUUUUUGCUAUUCCAGGUCUCGCUUACCAGGGUCUGCAACCUACCCUGUCAGACUAACCAACCCAGUAUCUCGGUUUAUGCAAGUGCGCUCCCUGCAGUACCUUUGUCGCUUUGUCAUUAGACAAUACACAAGGAUAGACCUGAUCCAGAAAUUGCCCUUACCUAACAAAAUGAAAGAUUAUCUGCAGGAGAAGCACUACUGAGGACACAGAGAUAGGACAGUGGUGGCAAUUUGCACUUUUGUGUUCAGUUAAGAGAUUUAAACAAGGUUUACAGACAACCACAGUUUUGAGAUGAUUGGUUCUGGUGACUCUUGAUUUGUGUCCAGGUGACUCUUGUCGCUCUUUAGUCCUCCAUUCCACAGUUCUGGGUUUUUUCUCUGGUUUUAGGAGGCUCCUCUUCCAGAAACAUAGGCCAGCACAAAAAGUACUGCAAAAAAUAUAGCAGAGGUAUACAGCCAAGUUAUCUUAGUUGUAUACAUUAAGUGCAGACAGUAGACAUGCAUUGUGAUGUAUGGUUAAGUGUAACAUCCAACUGUGCAAGUAGAGCAUGUUUAUCAUAAAUGUGCGAUCUGCAUUUAAGUUGGGCCUGUAGGAAAAAUUAAAAUUUUAUCCAAUAAAUUGUACAUUUCAAGGAUAGAAAAGUAUUGCUACAAAUUAUUGCUAAAUCAAAUUUUCAGCUUUCUGCAGACUGACCAAUUUUGAUCAUCUUUUGCAUUUUAUUACUUGUCAGAUUGUGUAAUGUUACCAUCUUUUUCGGCAUGAGACUGCAAAUAAGAACAUCAUUCGGCAUUUAUACUAUGCAAUUAGUCAAAUAACAAGGCUAGGCUUCAUCGUAUAACAAGUGAUGAUGGCCAGCCUAUGAUUUUCAUGUUUACCAGAUUUUUGCUAAUUUACAAACUUCUUAUCCAGUGGAUGCAGUUUCUUCCUCAAGUAUUAUUUGACUCAUGGCAUGUUACAGCUGGCAAACUACAAAUACAUUUGUGCUUCAGUAUGCUUAGACUGGUGCAGGCUUUGUUUUUGAGUUUGUGAUGUUUGUUACAUUCAGUUGUACAGGUGUACAAACAUGAAAAUCUGUUUCAGAGUCACAAGGGUUUACCAGGUCCACAACAUAAACAACAUUUUGUUGCAAAUGAUGUCCAAAAUGUGCCAGUCUGUGAGAGGGUUUAGACAGUUUGGUCAGAGUAGCCUUAACUUGUAUGGCUGCAUGUAGCUAUUAUAUAAUGUGCAAGCCUAAAGGUACUGACGAUGCUGGAUUUUAAUGUGUUGUUUAUAGAAACAGCAUCAAGUUGAUGUAUAAAUCUUUUCGAAUUAUGGUAACAUUAAAAGUUAAAUCUUUCUGCAUUAGGAAUGUUACAAAAACUGCACCACAGCUCAGGCCUAACAACUUUGUCACUGUCUGUAAUGCUUGUAUCUGCAUGUAGUAAAGGCUUUAAGACUUGUCAAUUAAGGGCACUGUAGAGUAACUCUCUAAAUAAGAAAAGAUGUCACGGUAAACGGGUGAACGAUUUUGGCUGUGUUGUUUAAGCGCAACUCUGAGUAAAAGGCUUGUUUAAUGCACAAUUGCAUUUACCUUAGGCAGUUUAUAAGUAAAGAAAAUUGCCCCCAAUUAACCUACAACUGAAAAGCAGACCUCUACUCAAUUGACCUGCAACUGUAUGUAGGGAUGGCUGUUUCUUAGUCUUUUAAUGCCAGCAAUGAGCUGGACCCAGAUCAAAGGAAUUCCAAAAAUGGUGUGAGCUUAGGUAAAAGGACUUGGGAAAGCCAGGGUUAAGUCCUCCUCGCCAUCUUGGAGUGAUGCCAGGGUUUCAGCAUAUGACAAAAGGUCCAUCACAGCUGCAUCAUUAGUGUCAUAUGGGUUUCAAGGACAUAAAAAAAAAGCAUACAGUUUUUGCCAUUGCUUAUUCACAUUGUCCCCACAGAGCUGCACUACCCCACAGAUUGUCUCUACUUGGCUGUUCGUGCCAGAGUAAAGGGAAGAGCACACAGUAUGCUACGCAAGUGCUUUAUAUGGAUACUUUGACAGGGAAUUGUGUUUUCACAUUAUGAAUGAGCAUCUUUUUUGACAUCAGUGUCCUUACAAGUAUUUGGAAAAUGGUCUCUUGGACAACUUUGUAGGUCGUUAGCGCAUAGUUCUAGUUUUAGUUAGCUGGGAAUGUUGGUGUCUGAGGAAGUUACCAUGAAUCUAGCACAGCAGAAAUUAGAUAGGAACUUUGAAUGGUGUUGCAUGUUUAAAGACAUAGCAUUUUAAAGCUUUGAGUUGUAUAGGAAUGAAGGAUCUAGGUUGUGUUUGGCUGUGAGGGAUGUUUUUCUGUCACAAACAUUUGCUGGACAUUCUGUGUAUAAGAAAUGUAUUUUUCUUUUUAGAAUCCUUAUGUGAAUUUUUGUGUGACAUUUGCCAUCUGGGGGAUGGGGCUGUACAAAAGGAAUGUACGCCUGUUUGAGGUAUCCAUUUUAUUUGCCUGCAUACCAGUUUCAGAAAACAUGAGAAUCAUAAAAACUACAUUGAGACAUUUUUGCACUUGAAUAUUCUCCAUUGACAUGCUUGGACCCUCUCUUGCCUUGAGUUGUCCUUCAGAUGGCAGUUUUUAAAAAGAAAUAUAGUCACACAUUAUCCUGUGUUAUGUGUUCAUAAAACUGUUUAGAUUAAAUCGAGAUUGUUUUGUUUUUGUCAUAUCUGUGGGAUAUAAAGCGUAAGGCACCAGCAUCACAUCAAAGCCUCUGCUCAUGCUCAUGGGCUGUCAAGGAAUGGGAUCGUGGCAAGAAUGUGGACGUAAAGUUGAUUUCACUUUUUCUUUUGGGUGUGUGUGUGUGUAUGUGUUUCUGUCAAAAUGUGAAAGUAAAAUGUUAGUCUUUUUUAAUACGAUUUUCUUUUAAUUGUAUUUCCAUUUUAAUUUGCAAUUUGUCAUCACAUUUUGACAAGCAGGAACCAGUUUCAUAUGGUGUUGCUGCUGUGAGUUUUCUAAAUACUUAUUUAGUUUAUUAUUAAGCAUUAUUGCCUUCAAUAUUUGAUUCCAGAGGUUGAUGCUUGUUCAGACUGCUGAAGCAUUUUGAGUUAACAGCUGUUUAGCACUUAACAAGCUCCAGCAUUUUUUUGUUUGUUGUGCAUCUCGGUGAGUGAAGGUGAUUGUUUACAACAUUAUGUUUGGAAAUGCCCCUCCCUUCCCUUUUUGUUUAUCCUCUCUCACAUGAACAUCUUGGUACAAUUUUGAAAACUCUAUUAAUUUCAUUUUAAUGUGUUAUACACAUUUGUGCUGCUUAUGGAUAUGAUUGCCUUUCUUGUAUUUAACAAUGGGGAAAUAGAAUGUCACCAAUGUAGAUGUAUGUACACAUAAUGACUUUGGUUAUCAUCUUGGGAGAGCAAAGCAGAUUUGCAAUUUGUUAACAACUGUAGUCAGUUAAAAGAGCAUUAGUAGCGAUUAGGAAACCCUCUGUAGAAUUACCAGUUCACUCCAGUUUACAUUGGUUGUCAACUGUCAACUUUCCAAAGUAGAUGGUCUUUUUGUAUUUUUCUUUUGGAAAAAAACAGUGAUUUUAUUGCACACUUUGGAUACAGUUCAAGAGUUUUUUGUAUCUGCCAAUUAUAAAUUAUAAAUAAAAAACUAUAUUCUAAAAAAUCCCAAAA